GCGCACGUGGCCCGCGGGCGCGCAGGCGCAGGCGCAGUCUUCGGCGGGCGCACGUGGUGGGCUGGGCCUCGCCGGCCUCAGCGACAUGCGGCCGUUACGCUGGCAAGUGGCGGCUGUGGCGGUCGCGGGCCUCGCGCUGGCCCUGGAGGCGCUCCCCGCACUGCUGCGCUGGCUGCGGGCCGGGCGACGGCGCCCGCUGCGCGAGGUGCUCUUCUUCCCGUCGCAGGUGACCUGCACCGAGGCCCUGCUGCGGGCCCCGGGCGCCGCGCCUUCCGGCUGCCCGUGCAGCCUCCCCCACGGGGAGAGCUCGCUGAGCCGCCUCCUGCGUGCCCUGCUGGCCGCCCGCGCCAGCCUCGAGCUCUGCCUGUUCGCCUUCUCCAGCCCGCAGCUGGGCCGCGCGGUGCAGCUGCUACACCAGCGUGGGGUGCGCGUCCGCGUGAUCACCGACUGCGACUACAUGGCCCUCAACGGCUCGCAAAUCGGCCUGCUCCGCAAGGCAGGCAUCCAGGUCCGGCAUGACCAGGACCUGGGCUACAUGCACCACAAGUUCGCCAUCGUGGACAGGAAGGUGCUGAUCACCGGCUCGCUCAACUGGACCACGCAGGCCAUUCAGAACAACAGGGAGAACGUGCUGAUCCUGGAGGACGAGGAGUACGUGCGCCUCUUCCUGGCCGAGUUCGAGCGCAUCUGGGAGGAGUUUAACCCGGCCAAGUACACCUUCUUCCCGUCGCAGAAGCAGCGGAGCCGCUGACGGCGCGGGGCGGGGUGGGGGGGGGCGGCCCAUUAAAUUCUCCUCCUUUAUUUAA